UGUUUUGUUUAAUGUAGACAACCCUUGUGUUCAAGUCCGAUAAGGAAAAUACAGUAAAAUGAGCGCAAGUAAAAAGUUACGAGAGUUGCAGAUAUUGAAAGAGGAAGAAAAAGUUAUGAUGAAUAUUGCAAGCAAAUUAAGUCGUCAUCUGAAUAGUUUAAAGGUUGAAGAGUUGGCAAUUCUCAGUCAGAUACGUUCCCAGCACAUGCCAGUUAAAUGUGAAGAUCUUAAGGAUGAUGAAGUACAAGAAUAUUCACAUGAAGAUUUACAAUUAGCAGUCAACACUGCACUUGAAGGUCACGAGGAGGAACAAGAAGAAGAAGAGGAGGAAGAUGAGGAGGAAGAGGAACAACUACAGGCAAUGGGCAAAGAGCAUGCCAUUCAAAAAGAAUAUGAUGAUUUAUCAGCAUUUAUGAAUGAAAUAGAACAAAGUAACCCUUGAAUGCAUGGGAGCACAUGCCACGGUUUAUACCUGUUAUACAAGCAAUGAUGGAUGAUCCGUUUCCAGUUGGUGAAGAUGCCCACUGUCAGCAAUCAGUAAUUUCUGAAGGAAAGAUUGAUGAUUUAGGCUAAAAGACAUCCCUUGUUUUAUUAAACCAAAGAAGAAUACUAUUUUGGGGAUGAGCACAGAACAAGCCUCAGUUUCUAAGUAACAGACUUCUUUGCGCCAUGAAGCAUGGUUCAUACUGUGAUGCUUUUCAGUUUUGUAUGAAAGAUUAUGAGGAAUAAAGGCAACACAAAGUUCAGUCUGUAAGUGUAUUCUUACAACAUGGAAAAAGCACUGAUGUCACUCAUCUGCAUACCAUUAUCAUAUGAUAUCACGAGAUUAUAAUUUUGCUAAUCUUAAAGUGAAUAUGCUAACAAAUGUGAACACCAAUACACUAUACAAACAGCAAUGUACAUAUAGGGCUAACACAAGGACUUGUGAGGCUUUAUUUUAAGGACAUUUUCUUUCAAUGACUUAGAGUAAAGAGGCAAACUCACUGUCAUUUAUGAGUGCCUAUACCCCAGAAAUUGUAUUGUCUGGAUGGCACUGUAGGUGUCAGUCCUGAUGUCACCAGACUUGUCAUCUACAAUGUGGUUCAUGACCCUGAAGCUGCUUUCAACCUGAGCACCAUGAAAGCAUGUGAGAACAGCAAGUGCCAUAUUGCCCACACUUUUGACUUUGCUUGUCCCCACCAGUGAUCUGGACACACUGGUUUGCCAUCAGGUCCAGUUGUUGGGGGUACAGUUGCAGCUUAUGGACUUUACGAUUGUACACGGUCUCUUCAGUUGUCAGUACUUUCACAAGUUUUGGGAACUUUUUCAACUCUUUUAAGGUGACUGUGUGCCGCCUUGCAAUAGGAUCCAGUGCAGAGGCACACUGGAGGACUUCAUUUUCUAGUGGCAGUUUGUGUUGGAGAUAUGAGGCACAGCCAACAAAGGUUUUCUUUGCCUUAAGCAAAAAGUCAUUGAUGGUACUGUCAUGUUUAUCCUCCUUUAGGACCUUUUCUACAAUUUUGGUUGCUUUUUUUCCAAGUGACAACUCAGCAAUAGGUACUCCACAACUAUCCAUCAGAAUUGACACAAGUUUACACCAUAGAAGUUGCUUUUGUUCAAAGAGCUGACAUUAUCCUUGGAAAAGAGAGUCUGCUGUAGCCACCGUGAACUCCAAUUAUGAUAAAUGUUCUACCACAAUUUCACCCUGCUUCUCGUUGAAGAAGCUGACUAGAACAGUCGGUACCUUUUUAUGGUUCACACUCAUUGAUUCCUCAAUUACACUACCAUGAAAGAACUUCAUGCAACUGAUAACUUUAUAUUAGACUGAGAGGGUCUCUUUUUUUGUGCCAUUGAGUACAUUUUUUUCCAUGAUCUACAUGUCUAAUAUCAUUAAUGUCUCUCUAUUCUCCCACAGAUAUUUUGUCACCCAUUUUUUUCUGGAAAAAACCUUUUCUGUGGUAUCCUUUGUCUUGAAAGGAGGGGUAUAAAAUGUGAAUAAAAAACAAUAGCAAUUGAUAUUAAAAAUGUCUUGGCAUCAUCCACACAUACUUUGCUUUCACUUUGGCAAUUUUGGCACAUCCCAAGAUCUCAUUUCUUAGGGAAGACCCUCCUUGUGAAACCAAGGCCUGGUGUUGUCAUUGCUUUCGAGGGAUUUCCAAUCUCAUCGACUUUGUCAUAUUCUAUUUAUUAAUGUUCUAUCUUUUAUGUAACGUUUGCAAGAAUAAAUUUGCAAAUUAUCAAUUUUCAUGUGUAUAAUACAAGAUUUAAUAAACAAUCUUAUUUAUAA